AACGCCUGCCUCAGCUCAUUGGGAACAUGGUGUCCUUGAAGUUUCAGAUCCCCACCACCGUGGUCCUCAGUUUAAUCUACGUGGUGUAUGUUCUUGCUGGUGGUGCUAUUUUCUGGUACCUGGAAGGGAAUCAACUGGAGGAAAACUCUCGGAUUUUUGAUAGAAAGAAGGUAGAAUUACUGGAACAAUUCAGCUGCAUCGAACAGCAUGCGCUGGAAAACUUUGCCCAGGAAAUAAUCUGGGCGUACAAGAGUGGGGUCGUCUUUAGAGGGAACCGAACACUCCAUGGCUUCUGGCAAUUCAGCACUUCAGCUGUGUUUAGUGCCACUGUUGUCACAACCAUAGGCUAUGGAGACAUAAGCCCCACCACGACUAGUGGUCAGCUGUUCUGUGUGCUCUUCGCCCUGUUCGGGAUCCCUCUUAACGUGGUGGUACUCAACAGAUUCGGCAAGUUCAUGCUUUCCAUUGAGCAGAGAACCAGUGCUUACAUUGGACAGAAGAUCAAUCGCAGGAAAACGGCCCGAGUUGCGAUCGCCGGGAUAUCCUUCCUGAUCGGCAUGACAAUGUUUAUCUUCAUCCCAACAUACGCCUUUCACACCUUCGAGAACUGGAACUAUCAUGAGGCAUUCUACUUCACCUUCAUCACUCUCGCUACCAUUGGCUUUGGGGAUUAUGUUGCAGGAAACAACCCUGACAUUAUCUACCCGUUUUGGUACAGUCAGGUUGUGGCGGUCUGGAUCUUCUUCGGGCUGGCGUGGUUGUCCCUGGUGAUCAACUUAUGCAUUGAGAUGCUGGAGAAGCUCAGCACAUACCUCAAGCAGAGGCAGUUGGAUAGUCUUGAGAAUAAAACCAUCGAGGAGACUGUGGAGGAACCAGACCCUGCAGAGCCUAGGGAGGAGACAAGCGCGAGCAAAGAAGACCCAACAGCACCAACAUGCUCGUAGAGGAGCACGUCUCUGGAAACGAACAUCAACCUGUUCGAUUUUUUUCCUGCACAAAUUCCAUGUUAUAAUGCACUUUCUAUAUUUUAAACUCUAUAAGCUUCUCAACACUCCAGUGUCACAGCAGUCAUGCCAUAAAUAACGUCUGUCCCAAUUAAGUGAGAGGCAGUUGAGACGACCUUAGUCAAACUUUAUUGAUUCUUAAUGAAAGGAAAAAAAAUUAAAUCACAUCACAUUAUAAUUAAAUGUUAAAUACAUAAUUCAAAAUAUGAGCCAAUGUUUUUUUUUUUUAUUCCUAAACAAAAUUAAUCUCACCUGCGAUACUGACACGCCAACUUUCUUUGCAACAGCAGCCUGAGAAACCACAGGACUCCUCCUUCUUCAAGAGUUCAACGUGGUUUACGCAGUUUACACAAGUCACAGCGUAAUCACUGCACUGUCAGCGACCCAGAUGAGGAAAAUAUUCAUCCAAUCGGCUUUAAAAGCACUCAAUGUGGAAGUUAAUUGCCAUAUAUAUGGUGCUUCCCCUUUAUAAGGCAUUAUAAGGCGGCCCUUUAUACUGCAGAACAGGUUAUAAGGCGGUACGGUCAUGGCUCCCAUUUGCCCCAUAAUGCCAUUACACUGACAUUAGUAUACAUAGCUAUUGUGCACUAUAUAUCACCUUACAGUACAAUAAUAUGACAAAAAAUGGACUGGAUGAUAAUACCCCAAAAAAAUCUUAAUUUUUUUUAAUUCACGGUUCGCCGGCUUAUUUUGACCCUCUGCAUUCAUUGUCACUAUUUUUGCUUUGUAAAUAAUUGGUUAUUUUUUUAGCAGUCGUUUUUAACGUUUUACCCUCUCAAAGUGCUUAACACAGAAAACCCGCCCCUUCAACUCUCUGAUUGGUUAAAUGUUGUGUCAAGACACAACUGUCAUGUGGUUCACGCAACUACGGUCUGCUUGAAGCGAAAUCAAUCUUUAUUGUUAAAGGCACAGUAGCAUGUGCAAGAUGGGCGGGUAGGGUUUUUUUUAGCCGGGCGGCGACAGCCAUUUUGGUUGAAAAGGCCUGGGGAGAACCCUAAUAUUGCGUGGGUAUAUCUAGCUUGAUAUUUAAGUAGGAUAACAUAAGUGGAAUAACAAAAUGCUUACCGCGACUAGUUUCGAAUGUGUAUUUGCUUACAUUUUCAAUCCAAUGGUGUGCUGCUGAAUCUCAGGACGGAGUUGCGCUUUGGUACUUCAACAUUAAUAUGUGUUUUAUACAACUUUUUUUUACAACUUUAAAAUGUCUUAAAUAAUUUCAGAUUUCUCUUGUUGUUUUGAUUUGGUUCCUGGUUUCCUUGAGAACAAGUCAAGUCAGAAAAUGCCAGUUGCCGAUCUGCCUGUGUCUGUAGCUCCUUCAUUAACACUGCUGGUAACGUUAGGAAACAGCAGAGAGGUAUAUCAUGCAUGUAGUACAAGUAUAACACUGCCUUGUUCUAACAUAUUGUUUAAAGAGACAGACUAAGACGGUGUUUACAUGGACAAGUCAUGACAGUUCCCAUGUAUGUAGUUACGAUUUAGGAUGACAAAUCGGGCCGUGACAAUGCAACUUACAGCAGUCAUAGUGAUUUAGGGGAGGGGAUAUUUAAAUGUGCCUGUCUGCAUAUUAAUUAUGGAAAGAACAACUUUUAAUACCGUGAGGAGAGCUUGCAGGCAUUGCCAUGACGAUAAAAACCUUUAACAAGACACAUGAAUUCACGUGUUGCCGCUGACAUUCUGAAUUACGCCGCACAUUAGUUACUUGUUUGUCUGGUUACCUUUCCAACACACACACAAUUAUAUAAAAUAUAAUUUCUACAAGUUUUACUACUUAGUAUUUAUAUUUGUGUGUGUGUGUUUGUGGAACAUCUAAAAGUUACAUUUCAUUAACACUUGAACCGCCGUUUAGAGUACAUGGAACCUACAAUAUAACCUACAAUAUUCCAUUUAUAUAUAUAAUCCAAUAUACAUACACACACAAGCCUGUUGUUAUCGCUACUGGACCUGACAGCCAUCAAUUCCUUUGUUUUGUAUGAGGUAGGAAAGAUUUCAUCUUGAAGAUAGCCACAGCGCUUCAACAGAAACAUUUCGAUCAGAAAACUGCAAAGCUGCAGGCUGCAGCAGCUCAACCUGGAUUCUGUGCUGCACUGAGUGACACACACGCAGGAUCGAUCAUAUGUUCAUUCAAAUGUUUAUUUUAUUAUAGUUUUUCAUUUUUUUAAGUAGUGCUUUAUAUGCGAUAAGUUAGAAAUUAAACCCUUUUAUGUUUAAUUCUUUAUUUAAAUACGGCGUUUCGGCUGUGCAGAUGGUUGAUAUGUGCUUGAAUAAAACUUUUGAGUUGUUUCCGAUAGUUUGUC